GCAGUAUGAGGUAACGGGUAGGUAUAGAGAGGACUCGCCACGCUGCCUACGCUAUGUACUCUGCCAGACCUUCUUCCCAGAAACUAGACUAAAUCUUCAACUUCAAGCAACACCACGCCUCCACCACACUUCUCCACUGCCAUUACCAACCAUCGACCCCCUAUACCAACGAACUCGCCACUCCCAUCAGCGAAUCUACAUACGCAUACCACAUAUCCAGACCGCAAACAUGUUGUCCUGGGUUACGAAAGCUGCACAGUCGACACUAUCUGCCGUCGCCGGCACCGCCGAACCCAUCUAUGGCCCCGAAGCGCUCCAGUCAGUCGCGAAGCAGGAGGACCUGAACCCGAAAUACGAGGUCACAGACGACGAUGUGAAAUGGCAGGCCCUCGAGAGCACAUGUGCCGAGACUCAGACUUUCUAUACCGAGACCGACGGCGGCCACUUUGUGAUGCUUCAGAUUAUUUAUUCAAAUGUUUCCAACAUCCACAUCAGCGCCCAACUCAACGUCAAGGUCUUUUUCCCCGAUGGAAGGGUCCACUGGUCCGCGAAGACCAUGACCGAUUAUGCCUUCGACCCGACGUUCCGGAGCUUCUUCGCCGGCGAGAACGGCGAAGACUUCAGUAUUAUCCUGAAUGAGGCCGGUGACUCGUACCAUAUCAAGUCCAGGCUCGACCCGGAGGUGCUGGUCGAUGUUACUAUCGAUCGUAAGGUUGCCGGCUUCAAGGUCGGAAAGGAUGCGAAGACGAACUACGGAGAUGAUCCUGCCAACCCGUGGGGUUGCAUCCGGCAUAUCUUCUGGCCCAAGAACAGGGCGUCCGGCACGGUCGAGGUCAAGGGAGAGAAGGUCGAUGUCGCCGGAAAGAACAUCUUUGUGAUGGCACUCCAGGGAAUGAAGCCCCACCACGCCGCUUGCAAGUGGAAUUUCAUCACGUUCCAGAGCGACAACGUGGCGGCCAUCAUGAUGGAGUUCACCACACCUCCGUCGUACGGCAGCCAGACGGUCACCGUUGGCACAAUCUUCAAGGAUGGCGUGCUACUGCAAGGUACCACUACCGGAACCGUGGCCCACACGGCUACCAAGAUGGACCCUGUUACGCAGUGGGAAGAGCCUACCGCGUUUAAGGUGGUCUGGAAGGGGAAGACCCAGGACGGCAAGGAUACCGAGUCCGUGCUAGAGACCGACCUGAAACCGAAGCUUGACUGUGUGGACAUCAUGGCGGAGGUGCCGACCAUCAUCAAGAAAUUCGUGGCGGGUGCUGUCGGGACCCGGCCGUACAUGUACCAGUACCGGCAAGAGGUGACUCUGAAGAUCAAGGUCGGGGAGGAAGUGACUGAGGAGAAGGGAAUGAUGUUCUCAGAGGCCACUUUCAUCUCUUAGAUGUGCCGUACGAUAGCGGUUUGAACUGUAUGUACGUUUUGCUAUUGCGUCUGCGCAGUGUUUGUUGUAUUUGCUUGCUUUUGCUUGCCCGUCUUUUUAGUUUCCCUCGCUCACGAUGUUUUUCUUGAAUUGCUUUUUGCAGGACGAUAUGACGACACGAGUGCUCUACUUUGUUACUCGGCCAAUCUAGGCUCAUAUGGCUGGCUUUGCUUUUUUUUUUGCUUAUAGGCAUUCUUAUAAUUGCUACUACACCACUCUUCUUUGUCUGUAACUUGGAAAUAAUAAUUGGAUUCAUUUUUGCUUAAAC